AUGAAUGAUGAUGUCAAUAGAAUAGUGAUAUUAGAUCCUGUAGUUGUAUCAAAGAUUAUAACGUAUUGCUUUUAUUCAUCGCAACAGUUUAGAUUUAAACUAUCAUUGUCUCUCGUCUCCAAGAGGUAUCAUCGGUUGAUUGGAUGUCUCAACACGACAUGUGACCUUGUACCACCAUCGACAACAUCACGUGCAAAGCAAGAUUGUCAGUUAUUGAGUCAUCUCUCUAAUCAGUACUGCAGCUUAAACACAAUCAACAAGUUAAUAACAAAUCAAUCACAGUUGAAUUCAUUGGCACAUGAUAUUGAAGUUUCAUCUUCCAAUACAUCAUCUUUAUCUUCUUCAUCUUCUUCUUCAUCCUCUACAUCGCCUUUAUUAUAUACAUCAGAUAAUGUAUUAAAAUAUGUUGGAGAAUUGAUUAUCGAUGAAACUACGUCAUCGUCGAUGGCAUGCUCGUUGUCAAGUCAGGCACAACAGUUGAUUAAGCAUAUUGACCAUUUGUACUCGUUUAGACUAAGGUCUGCACAUCUCGGUCUACAUGCAACUCUGUUGCAGUCACUACUAGAGACAAAUAUUAAAGAGUCGUUGGAAGAGUUAGAGAUAUGGCAGAUUGUCGAUUCGUCAGUCGUAUCAUCGGCGAUUGAUAUCAUCAAAAGUAUGAUGUUGCCAUCUAUCAAAUCACUCAAGUUGAUAUUAUACGACUCGUUGGAUCUACUAAAGAUAUUUGAUAUAUCAGACCUGGGUGGCGGUGGUGGUGCCACCGUCCCCAAACAGACACUUCAACAGAGCUUCUCCAUCAACCUACCGAAUCUGACUCGCCUGUGUCUGUCAAUUCGUUUGAUGAACAUGUUUCUCAGUGCUCUUGGAUCAGGUUCGACAAACUCGUCUACUUGUAAACUACAGUCACUCCACAUCAUCCACGACAAGAAUACCAAACAAUUUAAUAGCAACCGAUCGGCUUUAGUCAGUUUCCUCACCGAUAACACAUCACUGACUAAAUUGUCUGUCCCAUUUGCACUCGACCAUCGACUGGUUGACGCCAUCGACCGACAUCCAUCGAUCCAACACUUGCGCAAGGUUCGUGAUGCCGCGCCCAUCAAAUUCCCCAAACUACGAUCGAUUGGAAUCUACCAAAUGACCGUCAACAAUGGAGGACUAGACUACGGCGGACUAUUCCAAAAACAAGUGUCACUAGACAACCUUGAAAUAGAUACUACCAACUCUCAAUUGGAAACGAUUAAAUUAGAUCACGAUGUACAUAUAUACGAACAAACUCUAGUGAAAUAUCUUCGGGUCACCUCGACUCUUGUCACAAUUCAAUGUGGUAUAUCAGAUUCUAUACUUCAAGCCAUUCGAUUAAAUCAAACCAUCAAACAUCUUUCAUUCAUCUCCAAUUCCAAUGUAAAUAAUUUACAAGAUAUUAUAAAAUUAAUUAAUAUCAUUCCUCAACAUUUUAACAACAACAAUAAUAAUAAUAAUAAUAAUAAUAAUAAUAAUAAUAAUAAUAACUAUACUACCAAUAAUAAUAUAAUGACAAUUAGAUUUAUGAUAUUAAUGAAUCAACAACAAGCAAGACUUGAUAAUAUUAAUAAUAAUGCUGCAGCUGCUGGAGGAUCAAAUAUAACAACUGUCCUCAACCAACUAUUUGAUCAACUACGCAACUACCUUGACCUACAACCAUCCAUGUAUAAAUUGAUGAAUUUCAGUAUAUCUAAAUUCAAAUUAAAUCAAAUACUUUUAAUUGAAUUUCAACAGAAAUAA